GUGCCUGGGUCCUCGAUGGGCACACCCGUGCCCCGCCCUGGCACACCUGUAUUACCUGUCUGUGCCCACACAGGUGCGUGGGUGCCUGGGUCCUCGAUGGGCACACCUGUGCCCCGCCCUGGCACACCUGUAUUACCUGUGCCCAUACAGGUGCGUGGGUUCUCGACGGGCACACCUGUGCCCCGCCCUGGCACACCUGUAUUACCUGUGCCCAUACAGGUGCGUGGGUUCUCAAUGGGCACACCUGUGCCCCGCCCUGGCACACCUGUAUCACCUGUCUGUCCCAGGUGCGUGGGUUCUCGACGGGCACACCUGUGCCCCGCCCUGGCAGGCCGCGCUGUUCCGGGGUCGCCGUUUCAUCUGCGGGGGCACCCUGGUGGCGCCCAGGUGGGUGCUGACGGCGGCGCACUGCCACGCCCCCGGGUACGGACAGGUAACCCCCGGGGGGGCGGGGCCGGGCACACCUGCGCCAGGUGAGCAGCGGCGCCGCUCGGUUCGCGCCUUCCCCUUCCCCGGCUACAACGAGAGCUCCAAGGACGGCGACCUGAUGCUGCUGCGGCUGCAGGUGCCCGCGCACCUGAGCCGCCAGGUGAGCCCCCUGCCGCUGGCACGCACCUGCGCCCCGCCCGGCACCGCCUGCCAGAUCUCGGGAUGGGGCUCCACCACCAGCCCCACAGUGACGUUUCCCCAGGCCCUGCACUGCAGCCAGGUGCGCAUCGUACCUGAGCUCACCUGCCGCCGCAUCUACCCCAACUCCAUCACCCCCAACAUGCUCUGCGCCGGGGAGCCGCGGGGCCGCGCCGACACCUGCCAGGGCGACUCCGGGGGGCCCCUGAUGUGCAACGGGCGCCUGCAGGGCAUCACCUCCUGGGGGCCGGGGGUCUGCGGGGACCCCCACAAACCGGGUGUCUACGUCAACCUGUGCCGCUACGGCCGCUGGCUGCAGCACACCAUGGCCCGGAACUGACCCAAAAAACGCCGAAUUCACCCCAAAAACGGACCCGUCCGCCACAAAAACAUGAGCCCAAACAUCCCAGGUAGAGCCUGGAAAUUAAACAUGUAUCCACUCCCAAAA